GUUCACGCUUCCCCCACAUAAUUUCUCGUUUACAAUCUAAGGCGACGGUUACAUAAAGGGGCCAAUUUCCUACCCACCUUGUUAUUUCUUUUAAUGGAUUAAAAACCUUCCACUCUCAUACAAACGUACAUUCUCAGACAAACUCAACCAAUCCGGCCCGGCUCUCAAUGGCUGAUACCAAGACGCUAGAAGGCAAAUGCCUUUGUGGCUCUGUUCACUUUACUCUACAGAUUCCUACAUCUGUGCUUCCUCUUAAGACUUACAUGUGCCACUGUAGCACAUGUCGAUAUGCAACUGGCGGCCCUUGCAUCUUCCAUGCUGCUCUUCCCGAAACUCUGAGACCUGUCUUCAUCGCUCCAUCCAGUGAGAAGAACAUGAAGAGUUUUAGGAUGGAAAAUUGCGGAUAUACAUUGAACUUUUGUUCCACAUGCGGCUGCCACAUAACUGCCAUUGGUUUGGAUGACGGAAGCUGGACAGUGUCCACCUCAGUUCUUAACAUGUCGAAUGCAGACGUGGUCAACUACAGCUCACACGUCUUCAGCAAAUCAGCGAAAGAUGGAGGAGUCUCAGAUGUUAUUACCAGAAUUUCCGGUAAAGAUGUACCGUCCUGGAAUCCACCCGAUGACGACCCAAGUUCUAAGCCGACGGAGAACGAGCCUGGAGUUGGGCCAGAUGGACAAGAGCGAUUGCGAGCCAAGUGUCGCUGUGGUGGCGUAUCUUUCACCAUUGCAAGACCUCAAGCUGAAGAUUCAGAGAACCCAUUCGUCAAACAACAUGUUGUCUCAGCGACAAACCCUUUGAAAUGGAUGGCUAGUCUUGAUGUCUGCGAUGACUGUCGUCUAACAACUGGUACGACAGUUGUGGCGUGGACAUUUGUUUGCAUUAACAGGAUUGAACCCAAAAUGCCAUUGGAUUUUCAAUUUGGGACGAUGAAGACGUAUAAAUCUUCUGAGGACGUUCUUCGGAGUUUCUGCGGUGACUGUGGCGCCACGAUCUUCUACUAUGAUGUAGUUGAUCCCAGAAAGACCAAUGUCGUGGACAUUGCUGUCGGCAUACUUCGGGCUCCCGAAGGUCCUAUGGCCGAUAAUUGGCUCACUUGGAGAAAUAAGGUGGCCCAUGCAGACAAUGGGCGCCAAUACGAUGAGGCAUUCACGAAUGCUGUUGUUACUGGUAUGACAAAGUGGACGGAGGACAGGUACGGUGUUGCGGUGUGAUAAUUGCUGUUUUGAAAUUGACUAUUAAGAGAAUAAUUUUUAUAAUUGAUGCAAUUUUGCAAAAUUCUAAAACAA